UAAUUAUUAGUUUCCAUAUUUGGAACGUCGCGAUUGUGUUCCCAGACUGAAGAAUUCGAACCAGCAGCACUUAACUCAGUAUUUAUGAUGAACUGUUGUCUAUAGAAAAGAGAGCGGAUUUUACACAUAUAAAAUAUUAAAAAAGAUAACAGACGGACGUUUUUUAGAAGGCCUAAUUCAGUAAUUGGACUUUGCGGACAACUUAAUUACCGCUAAUGAUCCUUUAAUAGCUUGUACUGCACCAGAAUCAUUGUUAAUUUUCAACCUUAAAUCAUUCGUUGUCAUGACGAUGUGCCAAUGAUGUGGUUAACUUGAUCAUAACUCGAUAUCUUGGUCAUUAUUGAUUCAUUGGAAGAUCGCCUCACUCUUCCCGAGUCAUUCACGAAUUUGUUUGAGAAUGAAGAAAAACAACAGUAUCAUUUUACAUGCAGAAUGGAAUUCAAUGGAAAUUUCGUUGCAUAUUUGAAGAUUUUAAGCCGAGAGUGUAUGGUGAAGGAAACCGUUUUGGCUUGGCCAACGCUCAAUCGUGCAGCGCUGAGCAGUUACAGCUGAAAAUAUCUUGGAAAUUCGUGAAAAUUUUCAGAAUUUGGUCUGAGAAGAUGCCGCGAUUCUCAUUCAGGAGAAACUUGUCUCAAAGACAAGCAACCAAUGUUGAGGAUCGGAAAAUGCCGAUAGGAAGGAGAGGUCUAAUCGUCCCGCAGAACACCUUUCUGGAAGAUGUGAUCCGAAGGUCGGACAGUUUGCACGAAAGUUUCAUGGUUGGUAGUGCCGAGAUAUCAGAUUACCCUGUAGUUUACUGCAGCAAUGGUUUCUCUGAAAUUACCGGCUUCAAGAGAUCGGAAGUGAUGAGGUACAGCUGUGAUGGCCGCUUUCUUCACCGUUCAACUGUGAAGAAGGACGUCACAGAUAGCAUCGACGAUGCGCUUCGUACCAAGACGUCUUGCCAAGUGGAAUUUAUUGGAAAUAAAAAAAACGGAACGCCUGUAUGGUAUCUGCUCCACGUGGCGCCUAUUGAGAACGAGGAGAAUGUUGUGGUUCUGUUUCUGGUUACCGUUAGAGACAUCUCUGAAUUCAAGGAACCCAUUGCUGAGAACGACGCUGCUCAGAAGUGGGUGAAAUUGAAACAAACCAUCAAGACAAAGGAUCGUAGUGGGUUCGUUGUGGCAUUUUCAAAAACCAAAGAAGAGAAGAAUAAAAUUCGUAUUGCUCAGUUUCGCGUCCAAAAUGCGGACUUUAUUCCCCAAUAUAAACAACAGAUUCCGAAGCCCCCGAAAUGGGUGAUGCUUCAUUACAGCUUCUACAGAGUGGUUUGGGACUGGUUGGUUUUGCUCUUCAUAUUGUACACCGCUUCGGCAGUGCCCUUUGCCUUCUGCUUCAGUUACGAUUCCGUUCCGAUGACCGUCGUUGACAUUUUGGUGGAUGUGUUUUUCUUCGUGGAUAUUGCGCUUAAUUUCCAUACGUCGUAUGUCGGCGAGGAUGGUGAAGUGAUAACUGACCUUAAACAAAUACGACAUUAUUAUCUCAAGACAUGGUUUAUCCUAGAUUUGGUCACCUCCCUGCCGUAUGGAUUGCUGUCAUUUGUCAGUACUGACUCGGUUUUUGUCAAUCUCAUAAGCUUCUUUAAAUGCAUUCGUUUUCUUCGCGUGGGUCGUGUUUUUCGUAAACUGGACCAAUUUAUCAACUACGGCUUCAUGACUCUGAUCCUUUGUCUGGUCGCCUUCCUCCUCUGUGCACAUCUCAUGGCAUGCAUAUUUUACCUGAUUGCGCAUCGUUACGAUAACUUCCACGAAGUAGGCUGGGUUGCAACCUUGGCUAGACAGACGAACCAGCCAUUCAAUACAACAGUAGCUGAUGAUCCUCUCCUGCCAACCUUACCUUCGCGUUAUGUUUCCGCGUUGUAUUACUGUUUGACGAGUUUAACCACGAUUGGCUUUGGAAAUAUAGCACCAAAUACGACCGCGGAGAAAAUAUUUGGCAGCAUUUUUAUGAUCGUUGGAGCACUGGGUUAUGCAGUAAUCUUUGGUCAAGUGACAGCCAUCGUUCAACAAGCUCAAAAACAGUCCGAGAAAUAUCACUCACUUCUGGAUAAUAUAAGAUCAUUUCAAAAACUCUACCGAGUCCCUGAAGAACUUUCAGCGAGAAUCUUGGAUUAUUUCAUGUCGACCUGGGCUCUGACAAAAGGCGUAGACACAGACGAGGUAUUAAAACAAUGCCCGAAAGAUCUACAAUCAGACCUUUGUAUUCACCUCAAUCGGAAAGUGCUGUACAACAAUCCAGCGUUCAGCUCAAUGCCGAUGGGUGUCAUGCGCACCAUAGCAAGGAAUUUCUGCAUAUGUCAUGUGGCGGCCCUGGAUCGCGUGGUACACGAGGGGGAAGGUUUGGAUGUGUUGUAUUUCAUUAGCCAUGGCUCGUUUGAAGUGAAGCAAGAUGGACAAGUCGUUGGGUUGUUGGGUCAAGAUGACGUGUUUGGUGAUGACGUUUGCAACGAAGUUACUGUCGGAAAGUCGAUCGCUGACGUGUACGCACUGACCUAUAGUGAUAUACACUGUAUUGAUAGGAAUGAUUUGAGAGAUGUGUUGAUGUCAUAUCCCGAGUCUGGCGUUCAGUUCUCAACUAAUCUCAAACUUACAUUCAAUUUACGUCACCAGGUGAACAGACAAAAAGCGUCGUCUGUACAACCAACUCAGGAUGCAUACACGACUGAGAACAACCAAACUUCGCUUCCAACUAGAGGCACGCGGUUUAUGAACCCAGCUGCUGCUGGACAUGGCCGCAGACUCAGUUUAGUUCAGGAGCUAAAUCAGACCAUCGAUAUGGAAUCCUGGGUAAAUGGUGACGUAAAUACGAGCAACGACACUUCCGGUGGGCUUGGUCGCGUCAGGGCCCGGAAACGACCCGGCCGUGUCUCAACUACAGUCAUAUCUGAGGAGGACGAAGAAGAACGGCGCGAGGAGGAGUUACCUUUGGAGACUGAGCCCGAGCUGAAUGUUGACCCUGGGACCGAGGAAGCAAAUAUGGGCUUUUAUCCAAAUCAAUUUCAUGAAAACCAACAUUCUUCAGAAGUGGCCGGUCUUCAAGAUAAACUGAAUGAGGUUGUAAGUGAACUUAAUGCAAAGUUAACUCGAGUUGAAAAUCAACUCGCUCUAGUGAUUCGGCUUGUGCAGAGUAAAAAAACCAAACCCGAACUCCAAGCUCGUGCGAGUUUCCCAACUUCGACAACAUCUAGUAAUGCGUCAGACACGCCCGAGAACGUCGCUUCACCAAGUUGGUUGUAUCCGACACUUGUACAAAAACAGUCGCCGGUUUCCGAUUCGAGUAAUCGGAGCGUGUCGUCGAAAUUGUCACGUGAUGGUAACGAGGAUACCGCCUCCCCAGCUGUCAAUAUUGCCCGUCAUGGACGAAGAAAGAUAAACGAAGGGUAAUACGUUAAGACGACGGAUAAUGCCAGGAGAUGCCGGGUGUCAAAGGUGUGACCGGAGAGUUAAGCCUGGUUUACACUGUCAAAUGUUUUGUGAUUCCUAAGUUUCAAAGUAUUUGUAUUUCUAAGUUUCAAAAUAUUCAAUGGAACUAAAACAGUGGCUACUAACUUACUUCAUCGUGAUACUCGCUGCAAAAUGUUUAGAACUUGGGAUUUACUAAUGCAAAUUUUCAACUGUGAACACAGGAACUUUGACAGUGUGAACCGAGCCUAAUUAAUGGUACUAUUCCUUCUGCCUGAAUGGUAAAUUAACUAAAUAGUAAUGGUAUUGGUUCACCAAUCCCAAUCAGCCAAAUCAAUGAUCUCAGAUCCAUUAAAAAAUGGCGACAAAAUGAACCUAAAGCGCUGGGCAAAUAUAGAUAGGGUUAAAUAGAAGAAGGCUAGGCCUUUUAGUUUUUAUCCCGUAGAACGAUGCAUUGAACCUAGCGUGUAUAGUGAACAACAAAUUAUUAUGGUCAAGUAGUUUCUAUUGUACCCCUGCUUUUCUAUAAUCAACGUUUUUGCUCACCCCCCGCACUCACAGUCCUCGAGGGGGUAAAUUAUUGAUAAUCAUAGGAUACACAUAUUUUGUAACAGUGUAACGAUGAAAUUGGAAAGCUGUAAAAAUAUCUCUUGCACACGCACUAUUUAAUUAAAUAGGGUCGAGUGUUAAUUAAACGGCAAACAAUAUACAGAAAAUGAACGAAAAGUAAGGCUAGAUCAUGAACUGUAUCCCUAAGGCUGCGAUAAAUAUUUUAUAUUUAUGGUGUUUUUGCAUAACUUGUGCUAAUUUUUUUCUAUAUUAUAUUGAUGUAGCGACAUAUGAAAGACGAAAUUCCAACAAACA